GCCGGCAAUGCCUCCGACGUGGCGGGCCCUUCGCGACGUCUCGAGGCAUUCUGAGGAGCUCAAGGCCGAGCAAGAGAUGGAGCUGCAUUCCGAUGGCGACGAGUGGAUGUUCGCAGGCUUGGCCGAUGAUACUCUGCCUCCCUCGUCGUACGCAAGUCGGUUGCGGCGCUCGUCUCGCUCGCCCAGCAAGAGCCGUGCUGUCCAGGCCACGCCUUCACCCCGCAAGCGCAGAAGGACAUCUGCAAGGACAAUGAGCAGUCAAACAUCAGUCAAGUCCGACGUGCAGGAGGAUGAUUACGGACAGGAGAUUUGCUGGGAAGAAGCAGACCUUGACGCUCUCGUAAGGACCGAUACACGAUUGAGCAAGCAAGCAGCACCCACAGACGGUUCAGUGGCAUUCAAGACCGCCAAAGGAAAUCAAGUGGCCAGACCCUCGGCUCAAGCGCGCAGCAAAGCUCAAGCUCUGCUUGAUCUGCCCUCGUCGCCUCAGCAGAACACAAACGCACCUCAUCUGCCUGACCGGCCACGAAGGUCGCGUCGGCCUACGCUGUCUUCGGGCGCACUAGCCUCGAUAGAGGCAGAUCGCAUCGAGUCAGCUGUACGUGCUUCACAAGUGCCUGAUCCGGCGCCUUCGUCCUCUGCGGCGUCAGACACAGAUCGUCUCAUCGCUUUGGAAGAAGAGCGGUUUGGGCAGAAAGCACAGUCCUUCCAGACCGCGACUGCGAGCGCAGGCUUCAUCUCUGGUUUCGGCAAGACAUGGGCUGCACCUUCAUCGCAAGCGCUCAGACAAGCGCGUGCAAAGCUAGAAGCAGACCUGACCCCGCCUGAUGCCAAUGCUGCUCCCCCUCCCGCGAGAGAAGGGCUCACAGACGAGUUCAAGACGCCAGCCAAGGGCUUCAAGGUCAAUCUGACGGAGAAGCGUGCACCUUUGGGUGCAUGUAGUCCCAAUACCGUUCAAAGGUCGCCCCUCCCUGCCAGAGCCCUGCGCUUAGAGCAUCCUCAGGCAGACAAGUUCGUGACGAUCGCCGUCGAGACGAGGUUAGAUCCUGUUGCUCCAUCCAACAAUCUAGUAGAAACUGCCAGUAUGGCAUCGUUCCGAACCGAUACAGCUGCUGAGACGCCGCUACGCCCUCUUCGCUCGGCUACUAAUCACCUAGCUUCUCCUGCAGUAACGAGCAGGACAACGCCUAAGCUCCAAAAGACGGCUACGCCGACCAGAAGGACAACUCUGCAAAACGCUACGCCGGGACCUUCUGGCAGGAAGAUUCACCUGGGCAUGACGCCUCGAUCUGCUCAUGCUGGUUCGCAUAAGAAGUUCAAAACGCCUUUCAAGAACGGCCAGAGACCGGCUCAUCUAGAUCUGGCAAGGACAGUGUCUAAUGUCAGUACACCUACGAGAGGACCAGUGCUCAGCAAGCUACGGCCUCUGCCUUCGGAGCAAAAGCGCGAGCUGGACAUCUCUAUCGAUGCUGCAUUGCGACUGACAUGGCAGCAAGCGCAAAUACAUCCGUGUAACGUCUCGUGCUGCACAGAAUCGGUGCCCUUGCUCACUUUGAAAAGCGCAGCACGAUAUGCAUUUGCUCCGCACCAAACUGCUGCUCAAGCUUUGCAAGACUUACUGACACGCGGGAUGACGAUGCUAGAUCAACCUUGGGUCACCAAUCACUGGUCUCAGAUCUUAUGGAAGCUCUCGUCACAAUGUCACCACACAGCUGCGCCGUCUGUCAUGCUGUCACGAUGGUCAUAUGAGCACGUGAUGCAUCAACUCGGCAUACGCUACGAUAUCGAGAUCAAUCAGGCCAAACGCUCGAUUCUGAAGAGGAUACACGAAGCAGAUGCAUCGCCUGCCUCGUCCAUGAUCUUGCUCAUCUCUGACAUAUUGCUAAGCGAUUCGGAAGACGAUCCGGACAACGAAUGUCGUCCUAUUGGCCUAGAACUGUCAGAUGGAUGGUAUCGCAUCAGAGCCACUAUAGAUGCUGCACUCUUACGAGCGAUUGCGAAAGGCAAAUUGAAGACCGGCAGCAAGAUUGCGAUUAGCGAAGCGAGACUGAAGGCAUCCAUUCGUGACGGCGUCGAUGCCUUGCGCGCACUCGAAUGCUCGACGCUGGCCAUCAGCGCUAACGCUAUGAAACUCGCUCGAUGGGACGCUCGACUAGGUCUGCACCCUGGCAAGUUUGUGUCGACUUUGCGCAGUCUCAACAGCGACGGAGGAGCGGUCGGUCUGAUGGAUCUAGAGAUUCUGAGCGUGCUACCCAUCGGCUUCAACUACGCUGGACGACAGAACGAGGGCGAGGCGGCUGUACAGCCCUGGCAUGAAGGUGAAGAGAUGGCACGUCAAGAUCGCUUGCGGGCCGAUCGCGAAGCUGCGCAAGAAGGGCUGACAGCGAAACUCGAAAGAGAGCUAGAGGAGAUCAGCGCGCUACAUCAGCGUAUCCAGGAUGCUAUCCAUCGACGCACCGUUCGACCUUCUGCCUACAACGGCUUCCUCGAUCCGAGCGAAUUACUCGAUGAGCUCCUCGAAGCGAAAGACAAGCAACUCGCACUGCGAGACACUCCCGCAGCACUGCUUCACGAGAUCAGUACUGUUGCGCUUCAGCGCAUAGAGUCAACGCGGUUCUCUCUCUCGAGCGUCCCUUCAGAUAUCAUGGCACUCUACCCAGAAAAACAAGUUCGCAGCUUCCGUGUUCUACGCGUGCAAGACUCUGUCGUCACUCGGCCUCGCUCUCACGAAGCUUUGCUGACGGUAUGGGAUAUCAAAGAGCUGGGUGUUGAUUUCCAGGUCGGUCAGAAGUAUUGGGUCAGUCAGCUCUGGCCUGCUUCCCCAAACUCGUGGCACAAAUCGAAAACCAUCUCUCUCAAGACGACCAAGAGUACUCGAUGGCGCGCUCAUUAGCAUGUGGCAGACUGUUGAUUGUGAGACUAUUGCAUAUGACCCGAAGAUUGAAGCUCGCGGAUCUUUCGC